CGGCGACGGCAAACUCUUUCUCUCUCUAUCUCUCCUUCGACAAUGGACUCUCUGGUCGCGAGUUACGCUUCGUCGGACGAAGACGAGGAACCUCAACCCCGUAGAGGAGCUUUCACCUCGAAUUCUUCAGUACCUUCUUCUUCUUCUUCGUCUCUAUUCUCAGUUAGUCCUCAACCUAAAGAAGUCAGAUCUUCCGAAGAUGGUGAUUUCGGUUCAUCUUCCUCUCGAGUAAAAUCAUCUCCGUUCCUCUCCUCUCUCCCACCUCCUAAAUCCUCAAUUUCACGGCAACAAGGUCCUGCUCCGUCGUCGAUCACGAAACGCGUCGUUCAGAUCAGGCUUCCGGUAAACCCUAGACCGAGCCAUCUCGAUGAUGAAGACGAUGAUGAAGAAGAAGAAGAGAAAGCGAGGAAGAAGCGUAAGCAGAUGGAAGCUGCAUCCUUAUCUCACGAUUCAUCAGUCAGAUCGUUCUUAUCCGCCAUGCCUGCACCUAAAAGCUCGCAAACACUCGGCGCUCUUCCUUCAUUGGGAUCAGGAUCAGGUCGAAGAUCGAAUCUCGAAACGGAAACACCUGCAAUUGCAAUCGCUCAAACGGCGGAAUCAGGUAGCAUUGAUCAAAACCAGAGUUAUGAAUCGGUAAGCCAUAGUAAUAGCGAAACUGAACAAAUCGCUGGAGUAGAUAACUAUUAUGCUGCUGGUGGUUAUGAAACGAAUCCUAGUGCUAGUGUGGGAUAUGAUGGUAGUAGCUAUGGAGGUAAUACUUGGAACGGUGGUGGGUAUGAGGCGACAACGGGAUUGCCCGAAGCGGUUGUAGCUAUGGAUAGUGGUGCUAGGAGAGGAAGGAGAGGGAGGAAUCAGAUGCCAGAGAUGGUUGAGGUUAAGCAAGAUGAGCUUAUGAAGAAUAGGCCAAGAGUUGAUCAGGUUAAAUCUACUGGAAUCGCUUUUGGACCCGCGUAUCAGCCAGCAACAUCUUCAUCUAAAGGGAAAGUGUCAAAGCUUCACAAGAGGAAGCAUCAAAUCACUGCAUUAUUCAUGGACAUGAAGCACAAAGAGACCGAGUUGACUGAGAGACGUUCUAGAGGAUUGCUCACAAAAGCCGAGACACAAGCGAAAUACGGAUGGUGAUUUCCCGCUAUUUGUUGCUCCCAUUUUGUGAUAUUGGCUACAUACUUUCUGUAACUCACAUUGUGUAAUAUUUUUUUCUUUUACUAUCUUCCAAGAUGCAUGGUUUGAAUGUAAUACUCAUUUUUCUUAAUCACAGCAGAAUGCUUUUUAA